AUGGGCUUUCCCGACGUCAGUGCGUUUCACGCCGACCCUCAAUCCUUCGCCGUGGAUAACACAGAGCAACACACUGCGGCUCAUCAACAUGAGCCGAUUCACUACUCCGCCCCGGGGUGGGCACCAGUCCAUCCUCUGCCCGGCCACGGCAUGGCGAGGUCGUGGUACGUCGCCAACAGCGGCCUCAACUCUCCCCAGUCAAUGCUGCCUGCUGGAGGGAGCUACUAUCAGGCAGUGUCAAUGGCAAAUGGCCCCAUAUGGGAAGGCGCUGUCGCGGGUGUAGCGGGCGACGACGAAGGCUUCGAGGACAAUGCCCUCAACCAACCAAACUUCACGUCAAGAACGUCCGCCCGCAGGGAUGCUCUUGCGAGUGGCCUUACUCCGGAGUCUGUAAAGGCAGCAGGCCGAGGGCGAACCCGCCGAAAGGCCAUCACGCGGACACCCAGGGUGGACAAGCGGCAGACUCCAUACCUGAGCUCGUGCUGGAACUGCCACCACUGUGAGAGCGGCUUUGUGCGAGUCUACGAAUUGCGGCAGCACUGGAGGACUGCAAGCGUGCACGUCCGGGCGUCAUUGACAUGCGACGAGUGCGAGAACGACGAGACGUUCAGCCGGCCGGACGCGCUGCUCGCGCACAAGAGGACGUUCCACGGGUGGCCCUGA